AUUAAUCAUAACGUGAUUUUACCCUGCUCAUUCUCACCCCUAGCUGUGGCUCUUUCCUUUCAUUUGCCAGCUACCAGCUGCUACUCUAGAAAAGGGGUAAACAAACCAUAUUGAUAAUCUGUUUCAGUCUCUGUCCUUCAUUGCUGUAUAAACACUUCUUGCUACUGAAAUUGUUCUUGUAAUAUAUUCACUACUUGGAUUUUAAGGCAACAAACAGGAUCGACCAUGAUUCAAACAAGUGCAGGCUUUCGCGGUUUGGUUCAAUCUCAGAGACUUGGUUCUUUUCAAUCAAAGCUUGGAGCUUGCUAUAAUUAUGCAUCUGGUGCUGCAUCUUCUCUGCAGCAUGCAUGUGAGCCAUCAACUUACAGUGACGGUGACUAUGCUGAUGUGGAUUGGGAUAAUCUUGGAUUCGGUCUCUUGCCAACUGAUUACAUGUACAGGAUGAAAUGUUUUAAGGAUGGGAAGUUUGAACAAGGACAACUAAGUCGCUAUGGAAACAUUGAGUUGAGCCCUUCUGCAGGAGUCUUAAAUUAUGGGCAGGGACUCUUUGAAGGCACAAAAGCAUAUAGAAAAGAAAAUGGAUGCCUUCUUCUAUUUCGUCCGGAUCAAAAUGCAAUCCAAAUGAAGAUUGGUGCUGAAAGAAUGUGCAUGCCUUCUCCUUCCAUUGAUCAAUUCGUCGAUGCAGUGAAACAAACUGCCCUUGCUAACAAGCGCUGGGCGCCUCCUCCAGGGAAAGGAACAUUAUAUAUUAGGCCAUUGCUGAUGGGUACUGGUCCUGUAUUGGGUUUAGCACCAGCACCUGAAUACACAUUCCUUGUAUAUGCUUCCCCUGUUGGCAACUACUUCAAGGAGGGCUUGGCACCAUUGAAUUUAUAUGUUGAGGAUGAGUACCAUCGCGCUUCUCGUGGUGGAGCUGGAUGUGUGAAAACAAUUAGCAAUUAUGCUCCAGUUUUGAAAGCAAUAACUAAAGCAAAGAACAGGGGAUUUUCUGAUGUCCUGUACCUUGACUCUCUGAAUAAGAAAUAUUUGGAGGAAGUCUCUUCUUGUAACAUUUUCAUCGUGAAGGGCAAUGUUAUUUCAACUCCUGCUACAAAUGGUACUAUUCUUUCUGGGGUCACUCGAAAAAGCAUCAUAGAAAUUGCUCAAGAUCUUGGCUAUGAGGUUGAGGAACGUGUAAUUUCUGUGGAUGAAUUGGUAAAUGUCGAUGAAGUUUUUUGCACUGGAACUGCUGUAGUCAUUGCUCCGGUUGGCAGUAUUACAUAUCAAGAUAAAAGAAUCGAAUACAGAACGGGUGCUUACUCUCUAUCCCGGAAGCUGUACUCAACUCUUGUAGGAAUUCAGAUGGGAUUGAUUGAGGAUAAGAAGGGCUGGACUUUGGAGAUACGUUAAGCUAGUUUCAAUGAACCAAAACAGGAAUGUACAGAAAAAAUUAUCUAAUUGCUUGUCAAUAAAUAGCAAAAACCUUUCAAUCAUAUGUUAUGUCAAUUUAUUUCCUAUAGGACUGAUGAACAAGAAAUGAAAAGAGCUUCUUUAUAAUAUAAAUCAAUUAAAUGCUUGAAGGCAA